GCGCAUAAGCAGCCUCUCCUCAAUUGUCUAGGGCUUUGACGCACACGUCCUCCGUUCCUCUUUUCUCGUCAUUUUCUCUCCCUUCCUCUAAUCUGCCUCCUCUCAUCUACCAAUCUGCUGGCUGCUGCGACAUUCACCAGUGGGUUUCGUUUCAGUUUUGCUUAGCAUUUCCCGUGGACACCGACCAAAGUUCCGCCGCAACGCUCUUGAGAUAUCUUCUUAUCCAGUUGUCGGACAGGAAAAAAAAAAAAAAAAAAAACACGAUGGCGGAAGAGGAGUCGAAGCCGUUGGCUUACAUACCAGAGAUAAUAUUAAAGAAAAGAAAGAGCAAUGAAGAAUGGGCACUCAAGAGGAAAGCCCAAUAUGAGGAGAGAAACUCUAUCAGGAAGAAAGCCAAGCAUGACUUCAUCAGAAUGCCCGAGGACUUCAUCAAAGAGUACCGCACUAGGGAACUGGACCUCAUCAAGAUGAAACAUAGGGUAAAGAGGAAAAGACUGACAUCAGUGACAACAAAAUCAAAACUGCUUUUUGUCAUUCGCAUCCAUGGGAAAAGAGAAAUGCAUCAAAAAACAAGGAAGGUCUUGUACAAUAUGAGAUUGAGGUCAACGUUCAGUGGUAUAUUUGUGAAGGCAAAUGAAGGGAUUAUGGAAAAGCUGCAAAGAGUGGAGCCAUACGUCACAUAUGGAUACCCAAAUCUAAAGAACAUUAAGGAGCUGAUUUACAAGAAGGGUUAUGCAAUGAUAGACAAGCAGCGGGUUCCCCUCACCGACAAUAACAUCAUUGAACAGGCAUUGGGGAAGUUUGGCAUCAUAUGCAUCGAAGAUAUUGUGCAUGAAAUCGCUAAUGUUGGUCCACAUUUCAAGGAGGUUACUAGCUUUUUAUAUCCUUUUAAACUCAAUAAGCCAGAAGGAUUGCAAGGAAGCAAAAUGUUAUACAAGCAAGGGGGAGACACUGGGAAUCGUGAAGAUCACAUCAAUGAACUAAUCAGUAAGAUGAAUUAGCUUUAAGAAAGCAUGCACUACAUACUCUAAAACAUCAGUAAUGUAGUUUAUCAACUGCCCCUCAAUGUCCUGCUGUUGGACUGAUACAAUUUUGAAGCUGUUAAUUUGGUCUGCCGAUUGAUAUUUAUCGUUUACGCAACUUUCAGUUGUUCCUUUGGUGAACAGUAUUAAUCUUUUUUCUUCAUUCCAACUUCUAAUGAACUUGCUGGGAAGGGAGUUCUGGAAAUGCAUGUAUUAGGAUUGAUGACGAGAAUUUUUCUUGAUGA